AUGAGUUCACUUCGAAAGGAUCAUGCCAUAAUGGUCCCAUGCCAUUCUAUUUGGAAUUACUUCACCAGUUGCAGUGAUUAUAUUCAUUUAGGACAAGAUCCAGAACAAUGGUUUCUUGCACCAUUUCAGUACGAGGGAAGAGACCAUUUAAGCUUUAUAAAGCAUGGACUGGCAGGUUUGGAUACUUUACUAAGUGAUUUUGCAAAUUCAACACUUAUCUUUAGUGGUUCACAAACGAAGGCAGAGGCUGGUCCAGUCUCAGAAGCACAAAGCUAUCAAUUGUUGAUGUAUAGGAUAAUAAAGCAAUCCAUUGACGACAUUAAUGUAGUGAAUGGCAUUUUUGGCAACAUUGAUAGUGAGAUAUUGAAGCUUAUUCAAUCAAUCAUAAGUAAAAUGAGAGAUCAGGAAAUUACAUUAGAUCAACUCUUCGAAUCCCAUCGGAUUACUCUUGAAGAAUACGCGUUAGACUCAUUUGAUAACCUUCUUUAUUCAUUAGGACAAUUCCAAGCUGUGAAUGGAAAUUAUCCUAAAAAGAUGACCAUUGUAGGAUUUGGCUUCAAACAAUCAAGAUACCUGGACUUACACGCUAAGGCUAUUGACUUUAAGAAUAUAAACUAUAUUUCAAUAGAGCCAUCACCAACAGGAUAUAAUUCAGAACAACUAGAGGUAUAUUUUAGUACUCUAUCUGCUAUGGAAAAAAAGAAUGCAGCAGCAUUAUUUCAAAAUGAUUAUUAUGGAAGAAGAUCACCUUUGCUGGAUAAGAAACAAUCUAGGAAUCCGUUCAACAAACAGCCAAAAUAUGAAAUACUCAAUAUCCUAAAAGGACUGGAAAAUUAUAGCGAUGAAGAAUUUUUACAGAAACAUAUUGUUGGACAUACACCAUGGUAA